AUGAGCACCCGGCUUGACACGACUGGCAGACUGACUUUGUCUGCCCCCACAAGUCCUGGAUACAAAAAACGCCGCUUCGAUACAAUAUGCUACUCACCCUCGAAUAGUGUCAGAGCCUCAACUCACAGCGAGCUUGGUGACGGUGUGCGAAGAGCUUCCAGUGCUCGCCACAGCGUCGAUGAGCGGAUUCCCCACGUUCGAAGAGUGCAUGAGCUCCAGAUACCAAGGGCAAAACUCGUGUUUGGACAAGACGCUUCUCUGGUUUUGAUUGGCACUAAAGGCAGCGGCCUAUCAUCUUUCGCCGUGAUUGCUGCCAAAGCCUUGCGUUUUCGUCUGAUUGACACAGAGGCAUGGCUUGUUGAACAUCAAGGCCUCCGCAGGUCCGCCUAUGUCAAGGAAAAAGGUCUGGACGCCUAUCGCAACAUCUCGUCCGCAGCUCUAAAGGAGAUUCUGAAUCAGCAUGGCACACGCUGUAUAAUCGUCUGCGGCCCGGAAGCACUUGAGCCGCGUUGUCAGCCGCUCAUUCGCAAGUUUGCAUUGUCACAUCCUGUGAUCAUGAUAAAUCGUGACCUGACCACAAUCCAACGGUACCUUGGUCUGGAAAACUCGCACGAGGUGUUGCAUAUACUGAAACAGAGUCAGCGACUCUGCCGCCAAAUUUCCAACCUCGAGUUCUUCAAUCUUCCCGAAAGCGAGGCAGAUUUCUGCCUUUCUGCCGAAAUAUCGCAAAGAUUGAGACGGAAACAUACUCCAAACUCGCCCUCACUUCUCCGAAAUGUGAAACAAGACUUUCUGCAAUUUCUAAGCUUUUUUGCUGGGACACCAGGGUCUGCUGAUUUGCAACUUUACCCAGCAUCACCCUCGGACCGUGAAUACUCGACUGUGCUGCAGUUAGAAGACGUCGCCGCACAUGAGUCAACUCUCAACGAUCUAGACUUUGGCACCGAUGCAAUCGAGCUGAUAGUCCGCAGCCGUUCGUCGCGAGAUGUGCCAUACGAUUGGGACCGUAUCAGCCGCUCUCUCCAGAUGAUUCGAAGGCGAUCCAAAGCCCCUAUCAUUUAUCAUACCGAGUGCGGCGACCAGAAGAUCUUGGCAGAUAAGGACGGAUACACUGAUCUUUUGCAUCAUGGGCUUCGUCUACUCCCAGAUUUCAUCACUGUCAAUCUCGGCUGUACAGAUCGUCAGGUUCAUGACUUUACAAGCUCAGUCGGUCAAACUCAAGUCAUCGGUCAUCGAUUAUAUGCUAAGGGAGGUCUAACGUGGAGAGAUCCGGCUUUGCAUAAAGAGUUCGAUCGCGCAGUGGCCUUGGGCUGUCACGUAGUCCGGUUUGUACGUGAGGCCAAAUCAGCUUCAGAGGACAGAGAUUGUGUUGCGUUUCAGGCUGCAAUAACGUCACGAUCCAAAGUUCCCCUGAUAGCCUAUAACACCGGCAUCGUGGCAAGAUCAGCCAUGGUACUCAACUCAUGUCUGACUUCUGUACGACAACCGAAUGUACAAAUUCCGGACCCGAGCACGUCAUUGCUUACCCUACCCCAACUCAUGAAAGCAAAGUUCGCGAGCUUCAUUUAUCAGCCAUUGCACUUUCACAUUUUCGGUGCAAGUGUCGAUUAUAGUUUGUCACCAAUGAUGCACAACGCCGCCUUUGAUGCUCUGGCUAUGGAGCAUAUCUACACAAUCAAACAAUCUCCCGACCUGCAAGACUUGACAGCUCUUAUGGACGAUACAUUUGGCGGUGCCAGUGUCAGUCUACCGUUCAAGUCCAGAGUGAUAUCGCUUCUUGAUUCGAUGAGUGGGGCGGCCACAGCUAUACAGGCUGUCAAUACAGUCCUACCAUCAAGGGCCACACCGAUCAGUAACUCUUCUAAUCAAUCCUUACUGUCAAGAUCAUGUAGAAAUCGGGCUGGACCAAUUUCUGGCUUGCACGGAGAGAACACAGACUGGAUUGCCAUAUAUGUCUGCAUAUCUCGCUAUCUCUCGCCUGCCAAUGCCAUCAAACCCAGCUCUUCAGCUCUUGUGAUCGGUGCUGGCGGUAUGGCACGCGCCUCGAUAUAUGCCUUGCUGAAAAUGGGCGUAAGGAACAUUGUAAUCUGGAACCGAACUCUCAGCAAAGCGCACGAAGUCAAAAAACAUUUCACAACUUUAUGUGCUGACCCUCAGCCUGAGUGGCUAACCCACCAGAGCUCUUCUACGCCAUCUGGAACAGCGCAGUGUCGUAUUAUGGUUGUUGAGACGCUGGAUGCACCUUGGCCUGACAUUGAUCAACCAACGAUGGUAGUGUGUACCAUACCCGCGCAUCGCAUCGGGGAUGCAACGCCUCCAGAAUUCCAAAUACCCCAACAAUGGUUUAAGAGUAGGACAGGAGGCGUUAUUAUUGAGCUUUCGUACAGAUCCGCUUGGACACCACUGCUGCAGCAAGCACAUGAGAAUGUUCAUAAAGGCUGGAUCUGCGUCGAGCCUCUCGAAAUCCUGAUUGAGCAGGGCUGUGCUCAAUUUGAGCUUUUCACUGGCUAUCCUGCGCCACAGAGAAGGAUGCAAGAUAGUAUCAUGGACGGAUAUGCAGCGAUCCAUGUGACGGAAGAGACUGACUGA